AUGCCGAUGACAGUCGUUUCUUUAUUGGAAAUUUUCACGCUAGUUAUCAGUUACAAGGUAAAAAAUAAUCAGGAUUGCUCUCAACCAUCUGCAAUCGAGUUGAUUAACGGUCCAAUUCAUUGGGCAGUUAUAGAGUUCGUUGAUCAAAUCUCAGGUCAUUUCAACAUAACUGCUUUCCAGAUUAAAUUCGCUAGAUGGAUUAAUGAAGAAUGUGGUGCAGUAAUUGACUGUCAAUUGUCGCGACCACUAACAUCUAAUAAUAUUGUAGUAAAUUUUCGACAGAAUGCUACGAAUGCCAACACGGUUGUUUUGCUGGUUUUUAAAGACCAUUGUUUACCGAUCGAUUCAAAAAAUAUGAUGCCGAUCGACAUUAUUAUCGCUGUAAUUCGUUCACGAGAACAUCUUCUUUCUUCAUUGGCUCAUUCGGACCUGAAAUCUGUUUAUUCGAAUUGUACUGAAAAUGCUUGGCCAGCACAGGAUAACUCGAUAGAAAUGCAGACCAGUCGCCCGGAAUCUGUUAAUGUUAGCAGAACCAUUGGGAUUUCAAGGAGUAAACUUGCUAUUAUGUCAAAAAUCCGGCUGGCUGCUGAGGAUCCACUUGUAACUCUAUCUUCAAGUGACUCUAUGGUGAAAGGGUCAGAUACAUUUGAUACGGCGUCCGCGGUAAGUUCUGCAAUAUCUCGGUCAUCAGUGUCUAUGCUCCAACUCUGUCGGCAGAUGAUCGAGAUAAAGAUAAGUUCUAUGCGGAACUUCAACUGUAUAAAGUCUCUACCAAAACCUGACAUGAUUAUAAUUGUGGGACACUGGAAUGCUCGCGUAGGUCGCGUACGUUGCCGCUGUGAUGACCUCAAUAAUUGGCAAAUAUGGCAUCGAAGACCGAUGUGCCAAUGGGGAAUGUCUUCGUUAUGCCGAAAAGCAUGA